UUAUUUUUUCUUUUUGAGAAGAAAUUUAACCAUACCUAUCUUCCUCUCAGUUUUGCCUCAAAGUCCUUUUCCCUCUCACUUUUCUCUCUCUCUCUAAAAACAUCCUCUCUCUCUCUCUCUCUACUCUCAUGGCUCCCUCUACAUAUCUCACUCUUUUGCAUCUUAUGCUUGAUCUGAUAUGGGUUUAGUUCCUGGCAUUUUGGGUUAAGUGUUAACCACUCCACCAUGCUUCACUUACUGAGGAUUAGGUUUUUAAGUAUUAGGGUUUAAUUCCAGAUUUCUGGGUUUGCUUUCAGUUUCUUGAGUUUGGGAUAGGAAAAUUUUCAAGUGGGUUAACUGGGUAUGGUGGGUAAAGAGGAUGCCACGAGUAAUUCUCGGGUUCCAUGCCAAUUGGCUGGUAACCGGAGAAUGUUUAUGCGGUCAGCUUCGUGGUCCUCUUCCCGUCUCCCCUCUCAAAACCCGGAUUCCGAAGAAAAAGAAUGUGGGGAUCCUAAUGGGAAUGUAGGAAACAGUAAUGGGCAAAAUCGUAGGUUUCCUGCCCCAUUAACCCCGCGGUCACAACAUAAUUCUAAGGCUCGGUCUUGUUUACCACCCUUACAGCCAUUGGCUAUUGCUCGCCGGAGCUUGGAUGAGUGGCCGAAGGCAGGUUCGGAUGAUAUUGGUGAGUGGCCGGGACCACCCACUCCGAGUGGGAGAGGGAAUGGGGAGAGAUUGAAGCUUGAUUUAUCGUCAAUUCAGAGAAACCCGGAUAAGAAUGGUGGGCUUGUGAAGAGGGAUAAGAUUGCUUUCUUUGAUAAGGAGUGCUCGAAGGUGGCCGAACAUAUAUAUCUUGGUGGAGAUGCGGUUGCGAAAGAUAGGAAUAUACUAAAACAGCAUGGGAUUACUCACGUUUUGAAUUGUGUAGGUUUUGUUUGUCCUGAGUAUUUCAAAGCUGAUUUUGUGUACAGAACUUUGUGGUUGCAGGAUAGUCCGUCUGAGGAUAUAACUAGUAUUUUGUAUGAUGUUUUUGACUACUUUGAAGAUGUUAGAGAACAGCGUGGAAGGGUAUUUGUUCAUUGUUGCCAAGGGGUUUCUAGGUCUACAUCCUUGGUGAUUGCGUAUCUUAUGUGGAGAGAAGGGCAGAGCUUUGAGGAUGCUUUUCAGUAUGUCAAGGCAGCGAGGGGCAUUGCUGAUCCAAAUAUGGGUUUUGCUUGCCAGUUGUUACAGUGCCAAAAAAGGGUUCAUGCAUUUCCUCUUAGCCCAAGUUCUUUGUUGAGGAUGUAUAUAAUUGCCCCACACUCGCCAUAUGAUCCUUUGCAUCUUGUCCCGAAAAUGUUGAAUGACCCUUCUCCAUCUGCUCUGGAUUCUAGGGGUGCAUUUAUUGUUCAUCUACCAUCUGCGAUAUAUGUUUGGAUUGGCAAGAACUGUGAGGCCAUCAUGGAAAAGGAUGCAAGAAGUGCUGUUUGUCAGAUUGUCCGGUAUGAGAGAGUGCAAGGGCCAGUGAGGAUGAUCAAGGAAGGCGAAGAACCGGCUCAUUUCUGGGAUGCAUUUUCACACCUCUUACCCUUGAUGGAUAAACCCAGCAAUGGUGUAGAGGUUGGGGAAUCUACGGUCAAGAUUAGCAUAGGUGACCGGAAAGUGGACUCAUAUAAUGUUGAUUAUGAGAUUUUCAAAAAAGCUAUUAUGGGGGGUUUUGUGCCUCCGUUUGCAUCAUCUGAGAAUGAACAUGAAACCCACCUUCCUGCUAGAGAAAACAGUUGGAGUGCUCUGAGGCGCAAGUUUGCAUCUGGCGAUAUGAAGGAGUUUGUGUCUGCUCCCAAAAUAUCCCUCUCCAGGGUCUACUCAGAAUCUAGGAUGAUAGGACAUUCAUCUACAAAUUUAUCAUCACCUUCAUCAUCUUUGUCAUCAUUGACUUCGUCAUCAUCAUCUUCUUCUUCACCUCCUUUUCUCUCUCCAGAUUCUGUCUCUUCUGAUUCAAGCACCAGUUCAAAGUAUUUUUCAGAAUCCUCUCUAGAUUCUCCUUCUGCAGCUUCAUGUUCUCUUCCGGUAUCUUCUACUUUGUCUAACUUUUCUAAUUUGUCUCUCUUGUCCAAAACUUCUAAUAGUCCAGAAAUUGUUGGUGUUAAUUCUGCUUCACAGCCAUGUUCCAAAUCAACUUCUUCCCCAUCUAAAAUGUUUUCACCUUCCCUUGCAGAGCGCAGGGGUAGCUUAUCAAAAUCUCUAAAAUUGCCAUUGAUGGCUGACAAUAUGAGGGUGGCAUAUGCUCCCUUAAGUCAUCUUUCUGGUCAAGAUGAUGGUAUUUGGACACACAACAAUAAUUCUUCCCCAUGUGAACCGGAUAGUAUAGGAGAUAUCUUAGAGUCCAAGGAUGCAGUUAAAAUUAGGGAGGGAGAUUUAACUGGGUUGUGGAGAAUGCAUCCUUUGGGACAAGGCCUAGGCUCUGCUGUCUCAAAUGGGAUGGUGGAAAGUGACUCGGCAUUCAGUAAUCUUAUGAAACCUUUAGUAUGUCGGUGGCCCAGAUUAGAAAAGAUUGCAACAUUUGGUGCAGGUGACAUGAAUUCUAAAGAUGCUUUCGCUAUUUACUCUCCAGGUUUAGGCAAAAAUGAGAAAAGAAUAUUAUAUUUUUGGGUAGGAAGGUCUUUUGAUCCUGAUGAAAUCCAAAUUCGAUUAGAUAGUGAAAGAGACUUAGAUGAUCUAAAAGAGCUUGACUGGAAUCAAGUUGCCCGUGAUGCUCUUACCCAAAUGGGUCUUCCAAAAGACACUGCUGUUGAGAUUGUUAAAGAAGAUGAAGAGCCAAUAGAGUUUCUUGCAUUGUUGAGGUUGUUGUAGUGAAAAUUUGAAGAGAUUCUGCAAUCCAAUGGCUUAAAGCUUUUUUUAUUUGUUUGGUUUGCUCAAUUGCACUGCAACUUUCUCAGGCAUCAAGAUGAGAUUCUCCUGAAAAAGCCCAGUGAGGAGGCUGCUUUUAACGUUCUGUGGCACUUCUCACUUGGUUGUACAGCGCUAUUACACCCUCAUUUUCAUGUAACACUCAUUUUCUUGCUUAAUUAGCUCCGCCUCUUAAUCUGAAUUUUCUUGUAUAUUCACUGUUAGAAACGAUCCAAAGGCCUUAGCAAACAGAAUAGAUACAUUGAUAAAAUUUUUUUUGGCUGGUUAA